CGGCCGCUCUGCCGCGUCCACACCGACCGCGCCAAGCGCAGGCGCAGCCCCGGGACCCUAAGCUGGUGCUCCUAGGCUGUCGCGGUGACCCCGCCCCCGGGCCCAGGAUGUGAGGCAGGCCCGGUGUCCCCGCGGCGGGCCGGGGCGGUGAGGGGCCCGCAGGCGCCAUGGAGGGCGUGCUGUACAAGUGGACCAACUACCUGAGCGGUUGGCAGCCUCGAUGGUUCCUUCUCUGUGGGGGAAUACUGUCCUAUUACGAUUCUCCUGAAGAUGCCUGGAAGGGUUGCAAAGGGAGCAUCCAGAUGGCAGUCUGUGAGAUUCAAGUUCAUUCCGUGGAUAACACUCGUAUGGACCUCAUCAUCCCUGGGGAACAGUAUUUCUACUUAAAAGCCAGAAGUGUGGCAGAGAGACAGCGAUGGCUGGUGGCUCUGGGAUCUGCCAAGGCCUGCCUGACUGAUAGUAGGACUCAAAAGGAAAAAGAAUUUGCAGAAAACACUGAAAACCUGAAAACCAAAAUGUCGGAACUAAGGCUAUACUGUGACCUCCUUGUUCAACAAGUAGAUAAAACAAAAGAAGUGGCCACAGCCGGUGUUGCUGACUCUGAGGAGGGAAUCGAUGUGGGAACUCUGCUGAGAUCAACCUGCAACACUUUCCUGAAGACCUUGGAGGAGUGCAUGCAGAUUGCAAAUGCAGCCUUUACCUCUGAACUGCUCUACCAUACACCCCCAGGGUCCCCUCAACUAGCGGUGCUCAAGUCCAGCAAGAUGAAACAUCCUAUCAUACCAAUUCAUAAUUCAUUGGAAAGGCCGAUAGAGUUAAACAGUUGUGAAAAUGGAUCGCUAAGUGUAGAAGUAAAUGGUGAUGAAGAACUCCUAAUGAAAACCAAGAAGAGUUCCUUAUAUUUGAAAUCCACAAAGGCAGAUUGCAACAUCUCCAGUGAAGAAAACACAGAUGGAAAUACGACAGUCCAGGGUGAGAGAAUGAAGGAAGAUGGAGAGGAAAACCUGGAGAGUCAUGACAGGGAUCUGGCACAGCCGGGAUCAGACUCAGUUUGCUCGCCAGAAUCUCCCUGGGAAGACAGUGAAGAAGUUAUUCCAACUUUCUUCAGUACUAUGAAUACCAGCUUUAGUGACAUUGAGCUUCUGGAAGACAGUGGCAUUCCCACAGAAGCAUUCUUGGCAUCUUGUUAUGCAGUGGUUCCAGUACUAGAUAAACUUGGUCCCACCGUGUUUGCUCCUGUUAAGAUGGAUCUUGUUGGAAAUAUUAAGAAGGUAAAUCAGAAGUACAUAACCAACAAGGAAGAGUUUACCACCCUCCAGAAGAUAGUGCUGCACGAGGUGGAAGCCGAUGUGGCUCGGGUUAGGAACUCGGCAACUGAAGCCCUCUUGUGGCUGAAGAGAGGUCUCAAAUUUCUAAAGGGAUUUUUGACAGAAGUGAAGAAUGGGGAAAAGGACAUCCAGACAGCACUGAAUAAUGCAUAUGGCAAAACAUUACGGCAACACCAUGGCUGGGUAGUUCGAGGGGUUUUUGCGUUAGCACUGAGGGCAGCACCAUCCUAUGAGGACUUUGUGGCUGCACUAACCAUAAAAGAAGGCGACCAUCAGAAAGAAGCUUUCAGUGCUGGGAUGCAGAGGGACCUCAGCCUUUACCUCCCUGCUAUGGAAAAGCAGCUGGCCAUACUGGACACGUUAUAUGAGAUCCACGGGCUGGAAUCUGACGAGGUGGUGUGACAGCCACAGGACAGCACCUCCUAACAUCAGGGAAUAAAGUCUGUAAAGUGUUGUGUUGCCCUAGUUGAUUUUCAGCAACAGCUUUGAUACCCUCCAGCACCUUUCUGUAGGGAGGUGGACAUGAGGAAGACCUAAUGCUUUUAUUUAGAAUUGUUUUAAUGCAUAUGUGUUCCAUGUGUUUAAAAAUCAAGGUGCUAAAUAUUUCAACAGGCCAACUGGAAACCAGAGCAUCGCUGUUCCAGACCUGAGUGGUAGGCAGUAAGAGCAAACUGACAGAUGAAUUUGUUGGGAUCACACCUGUAUUGUUCUGUUUCAGUUACUAGUUUUAAUGGGCACCUAAACCCACUCAGUAUGCAGGGCUAUAAUACAAAGUCAGUGAUGAGAAUAGCUUAGAGGCUGACUGGGCAUCAGAGGGAGUGUAAGCCCCUUCAUUGAAGGACUUGCUGUGUAAGAGUUUGUUAUUCCUAGACUUUCUUGAGUGGAUCCCUUCUCCGUUGCUCUGCAGAUGGGAAGGGCUGUGUAGUGCAGACAUGUGGGCAGUUGUGGGUAAACACUGACAAGGACUGCCAUGCCUAUUGUCAGGUGGAACGGUGGCUCAAGAGGAUGAUCUCAGCCCAUGCUGGAGAACAGAAUAGAAAGGUGCAGUAAGUCAUUUGGGUGACACAUGCCACUCUUUGCCAAUACAAUACAUUUCCCGUGUGUUAUCUGAGUUGGACAUCAUAGCAAAACAGCAACUGUAAAAGAGUAUUCAUCCUGCUUCCCAAGUAGGGCUUACAGUAGGGCCUGCUCACAGUCAUGGAGGAUCUUGUUUCUGAGGACUUUAUUUUUAUUUAUUUAUUUAUUUAUUUUGCCUGCUUUAUUAACUCUCUUCAGCAAAAGAGCCAGGUAGCUUCCAAAUGUGAUCUAGAUCACCUCUGUAAUAGGUGAUCACAUGACGUGCUAUUUCAAAGAAGAGAGUCCAGAGUGGAAUGUCCCUGGGGAUAACCUUUCUAGGUGACACACUCUUGUAAACAAGGCUGAAGAGCCAAAUUCCCAUUUGAACUCUAGUUUACAGAAUUCCCAGGCUUCUGCAGAAACCAAAUAAAACACCCUCCUUCCAGAGGAAGGGGCCAUCAUUCAAGUAACAUAAUUAAAUGGAGAGUGAAUAGACCAGCAGCUGGUGUAACAGCUUGUGGCAUUCUUCUAUAAAGAGUGACAGGAUGCCCCAUCUCCCAGAAAUGGACCAAGCUGCCUAGAGUGUGCACAGGGAAGAAGCCAUGAAUGCCUUCCCCAGUAGAGGCUACUUCCCCCUAGCAACAAGAAGAGUCACUCUAGCAUAAGCAGUCCCCUGAAGAAAGUGAGCUCUUUGCCAAGCACAGGUAAAGGGAGUGGCUGUGCACGCUGCUUUUGUUGCUGUAUAGACUAGGGCACUGCAGAGAACUUUUCAGGGAAAGGUACUAAUUUGUCUUUUGUCUGUCUUUAAACAAGUGGGUAUUCACUCGAAUUAAUGCAGCAGUAGAGUGGGCCACAGAGGCCCCUGCAGUGCCAGCUACUCAGAAGUAUGAGGGCGAAGUAUUAUUUGAGCCCAGGAUUUGGAGGUUAACCAAAACAACAUAGCAAGACCUUGCCUCUUAAAAAUACUUUUAAUAAAAUUUUAAGCCAAGCAAGCAUUUUGCUGACAUGAGAAGUUCUAGAAAUUAAACCUAGGAAAGGGAGGACUGGGCUGGACUUAACAGUGUGCUACUUUGCUCUUGCAGGAGUUUCAUAUGGAUCCUCUUCUCUGGCUAAUGGAAAUGGGGGACAGGGCCAGGGCAUAGCUUAGACCUCCUGUCCUCCACACAGCCUAGGACAGGAAAGGAAAAGUAGCCAACCUGCUUGUCUCUGCUACCAGGAAGUCGGCAUUAAGAAUGGCUGUGAGCAGAGCCGUAGGUUCCUCUGGAUCUCUAGUCUGGGACUGGCACUCUGAGAGCAUUUUAGUCCAGGUCCUCACUAAGGCCCUGAGUGCACGUGUAAGGAGAGCUGACUUGCAGGGCAGUCUGGGUUUGUAAGUUCAUCCCACCUGAAUUAGCAGUUCUUGGUUUCUCAUUUUAGUUAAAGCUAAUUUAUUUCAUCUGAUUCAGUUACUUUCUAAGAAAUGAAAAGAAGAACCUGAAAGUGCUCCCUGGAGCUGCCUCCCCCACAAGAGCCCCAGUAUCCCUGAGCCACCCUCACCCUGACAGAUGAAGGACUGGUUGGUUUGUUGACAGAAUGUUUACCUUAUCUUCAUUGCUAAAAGUUUUUGGAUGUUUUCCUAGCAUAAUCUUGAGACUAGGGAAAUGUCUUCCUAGAGAGCAGCAGAAUUGAAUGAGCGGCACUGGCUGAGGGCUUACGGAGCUCAGCCCCAACACCAUCCCAUGGUUUGCCCUUCACCCUCACCCCAUGACGCUUGGCUCCACGUGGGCUGACAUCAGUAUGUGUUGAACUGAACAAAGGCUUUUUAAUUGUGAUAAGCCUUAGUCUUUUAAAAAUAGAUCUGAUUAUAACUAAAACCUACUGACAGAUGCUGCCUUGGAGGAAUAUCUUUAAGGGUAGAAACCAUCUUAUAAUUGAGGCAGAGUUGACAGCUCUUGACCCAGGCUGGAAGGGUACCGUAAGCACAUAAUGGCUUGUUGCUAUGUCCAAGUCAUUAUAAGCAUGAACGCACCCGUAGAGUCACUUACCACAGUGGGUAACAUCUGAGCUCCUCUUCUCAGCCUUGCAGCUUUUCUCUGCUACUGAGCAUUGCUAGCAGUGGACCCCCUGUACCACCCCCCAUCAGCUUGCCACAGUGGUUUGCUCUCCCAGCUCUUGUUUCCCCUUCUUCAGCGGCAGCAGCAGCCCACCUGGUCCAGGAUCUGUUAUACACCUAGCCAAAAUGCCAGCGCUUAGGGCAGACGCCAUGUUCACAUUUAGCUGUAAGGUAAGGGAAAGUCAGCAUGGGAGAGCUGAGUGCCACAGGAAAACGCACCCUCGGCUUUGAUUGCUCCAUGGACAGUUAGUGCAGUCCGCUUCUGUCUGUGGAGUAUUUCCAGGUGCAGGAAGCGUCUGAUGCGGUCCACAAACACGGGACACUUGGUUAAACUUGAAGUGAGAAGAGCUGAAGAACUCUUAACUAGUCCGACUGUAACAGUCAUUUUACAGGGAGAGAUUUCAGACAAAGCAACAGAAGUCAGAGGGUUGUGAGCAAUACAAGAUAUAAGGCAUUUUGGGGACAUUUAAAAGAAUUUUUUAAAUGUGUUUCCUACUAGACCACUAUGUCCUUCAGGCAUGGAGCUAUGUCAUGUUGUGUUUCUGAAUCAUCAAUUCAAACCACUGCUUCUGAUUUUAGUCACAGGUUUACAACGGUUCAAAUCCCUACCCUCAUGUUUCAUUUCACUACCAAUCAUUUUUAAAUUCUAAGGUGUCUGGAUAGAAGAGUUCUGAGUAACUGGAAUACGUGUUGGGCCAUUACUCUGACAUCUAAUGCAUUUGGGCAGAGAAAGCCAGACAUGGGAUGCUUUGUGACACUGUGCAGACUACAUGGUCAUGUGCAUCAGACCCAUCCUGUGAUGUGCACAUGAAGUGAUAUGACAUAUGUGUUCUACUUCCAUGUGUCCCUUUGUAGCCUGCAGUAGCUUACUCAGGAGUUACACAAUGACAUAAAUAUCCGCCAGCUGUCGAGUGGCAUUUGAAGACUUUAUCCAUGACAAGGUUAUAGUGGCAUUACAUUAGUUGAGGGUCCUUCACUGCACACUGGUCCUUCCCUGUGAAUUCUCCCAGUCCAACCCUGUCUAGACUCUGCUGCAGACCAUUUGCAUGAUUUCUUGCUGUACAGCUGCAUUUGGGAACUCUAGGGCAUGACCACCCAGUCACUGGUAAUGCCUCUGGUACAGAGGUCGCAUGCAUUGAUCCUCUUCUCCAUUGUCUAUAUAUGGCCUUUAAUGGAAAGGAAAAAAUGCCACUACCCUGCAUUGCAGUUUUCAGAAUUCUUGUAAAUUGUGAACCCUUGAGUCACUUCUUCAGGGUACAAAGUGUUUCUAGUCAAGCUGUGUGGGGACAUCCUGCUUGUUUUAAAUGUCUUAUAUAUUUACAGUAUGGUCAGUAUCUUCCCUUUACACAUAGCCUUGGGCAAGGUGGUCCCCUCACCCUGAGGUGGGUGGUUCCAUCAGCCUUAGGACGGGUGGCUUCAUUACACAACUGGUCUCAUUCCCAGAGAGCCCCAAGUGUCCAUUCAGAUGUGUAGGUGGAGUUGGUGAAGAGAAGGGUGAUCUAGAUGGCUGAUGAGCCAGCCUCAUGGCAUGGGGUACCGGAUGAUUCCUGUGUGCAUGAGAACUUCACUAGAAUGUCAUUAAACAGCCCAACUACCUCAAGUGAAAUUGGCUGUGGACAAUCUGUGUUUGAUGAGAAAUGUGUUUGGAGAAACUUAUUCUGGUUAAUAAGUUGAAUAGUGCAGUGUCUCUAUGAAGAAGAAACAUGUUAUACCAGAUGCCAAAGGCUAAACUAUACAUAAAUUCUCUCAGAUCCAUUUCUAUGUUAAUGUUUAAUUCCUCAGUCUGUAUCCUCAUGAACAUUUGUAGCUUUGUAGAGCCAUGUGCUUUGGGUAUCUGUCACAGAAUCACCUCUUGUCCCUCAGUAUUUUGAAUGAACAUCAUAAUGCUGAUAGGAACUAAGUUAAACUACGAAAGUGUCAAACAACUUGUGGCUUCUUAAUUUAAUGGACCUUUACUUAGAAAUGUAUUGGAGCCUUUUAGGACCAAUUGUUGAGUGAAAAUCUUGUGUGCAAACGUGUCUGCUUUUCUGUCCAAGUUGUUAUUCCUGUAUUUCAUGAACAGUGGGGCAGGGGUAAGGGUUUUACUUUCUUUGGAGAAUGUUUGAAAACAUCUGUCAGAUUUUUAUAUUCAUUAGUUACAAUAAACAUAUUUUUAGAGUAUUUUAUUAAAUGUUCUUCAAA